AUGCCAGCCUCAAAGCUUUACCUUGCCGUCGUCGGUGUCGGCGGUGUCGGAACAGCUUUCUUGUCUCAGCUCGCUUCCCUCCCCUCCUCUCUCCGACCGACGUUGAUCUUCCUCUCUCGCUCCUCGAAACAACUUUACACGUCCUCAUACGACCCGGUGUCUGCCUCUGACCUGCCUUCAUCUUCAUCCAAACUCCUCUCACUUCCCGAGUUGACAACCUAUCUUUCAUCCGCUCCGGGCAAAGCCAUCCUGGUUGAUAAUACAUCGAAUCAAGAUGUUGCAAACUCUUACCCGUCCUUCCUGCGCCAAGGCAUCAGCGUGGUGACGCCCAACAAGAAAGCAUUCUCGGGCAGUCUGCAAUUAUGGACGGAUAUCUUCGACGCCGUCGACUCCUCCGACUGCCAAGCCAUGGUCUACCAUGAGUCCAGCGUUGGGGCUGGCCUCCCUGUGAUCUCCACGCUCAAGGACCUGGUGGCGACAGGCGACCAGGUCACGCGCAUUGAGGGUGUAUUCUCAGGCACCAUGUCUUUCUUGUUCAACUCCUUCGCCCCUGCUGAUGGGACUGGAAAGGGCAAAUGGUCGCAGAUUGUGGCUCAGGCGAAAGAGGCGGGAUACACGGAGCCGGAUCCGCGAGAUGACUUAAAUGGCAUGGACGUGGCAAGGAAGUUGACCAUCCUUGCAAGGUUGGCAGGCUUGAAAGUACAAGGCCCCGACAGCUUUCCGGUUCAGAGCCUCAUUCCCAAGGAAUUGGAGACCGCCAAAUCAAGUGACGAAUUCAUGCAGAGACUACCUGAAUUUGACAGUGAGAUGGAAGGCUACAAAGAUGAAGCGGCCAAGGCCGGCAAAGUGGUUCGCUACGUUGGGUCCGUCGACGUCGCCGCUGGGAAGGUGAAAGUUGGGCUGGAGAUGGUGGAGAAGGGUACGCCGAUUGCCAGCCUUAGGGGAAGCGAUAAUCUGAUUUGCUUCUACACGAAACGAUACGGCGCGAACCCGCUAGUUAUCCAGGGUGCCGGCGCCGGCGGGGAGGUCACGGCGAUGGGUGUGACGGCGGAUCUCAUCAAAGUGGUUGAGCGUCUGCGAUAG